GAUUGGUAUCCUUUGAAAGUCUUGCGUCACCUGUUGUCUCCAGUUUCCUGGUUGCCCGAGGAGAAGCGACAAGUAUCUCGCCGAUCGGCCGGUGGGAAGUCUCUGUAGUAACGGCAUGGCGGGAAGCCACCUAGCCGGCUCGCUUUCUUCUUCCAUCCGCUCCCUCUUCACAAGUCCCAUCGCCAUCGCAGCUCCAGCCGCGAGUCGACCCCGAUCCUCGGUAGCGACGACGAACUUCAUGGGGUUCCGCCCCUCCAUCGCCACGGUCUCCUUGUAUUCUUCCUCUGGCUCUUCUGGGAACGUGCAUCCGCUGGAUAAGAAGCGGCAGCAGCGCAAGGAGAAGAGAGCUGUCUGGGCCUUGUCUUCGUCGGAAGGCGCCGCACCGACUGCGGUGGAGGAGAAGGGUUUGGAGCCGAGCGAAGUCGCGCAGCUGAAGCGCGCACUCGUAGACUCCUUCUACGGAACGGAACUGGGGCUAAAGGCGAGCAGCGAGACCAGGGGGGAGAUCGUAGAGCUCAUCACCCAGUUGGAGGCCAAGAACCCCACGGUCGCUCCCACCGAAACCCUCACGCUCCUCGACGGCAAGUGGAUUCUCGCUUACACUUCCUUCUCCGAGUUGUUUCCUCUUCUAGCUGCCGGAACAGUGCCGCUGGUGAAGGUGGAGAAGAUAUCGCAGACGAUCGACUCGGCCAACUUCAUGGUAGAAAAUUCUGUUCAGCUCUCGGGACCGUUGGCUACCACUUCCUUGAGUACGAAUGCCAAGUUUGAGAUCCGAAGCCCCAAGCGCGUGCAGAUAAAAUUUGAAGAAGGUGUGAUUGGGACGCCACAACUCACUGAUUCAAUUGUGGUACCAGAAAGCAUGGAGUUUCUAGGGCAGAACAUCGACCUUUCUCCAUUGAAAGGGUUGACGGUGUCAGUGCAAAAUGCAGCAUCAUCGGUUGCAAAAACAAUCUCUGAUCAGCCACCAUUGAAGUUUCCCAUCACAUCUGAAAGGGCUCAAUCAUGGUUGCUCACAACCUAUUUGGAUCAUGAGUUAAGGAUCUCACGGGGAGAUGGGAGCAGCAUCUUUGUGCUAAUCAAGGAAGGCAGUCCUCUUCUCAUGUAAGCGAAACUGCUGCUUGCGUCGUGGUUGUAGUCAGCAUGUUUUCGUUGCUGUCGAUCACUAAUUAUAAUAAGAUAGUCAUCAAGUUUGCACAUAUAGUACUGAUGCAUAGUUGCACGUAAUUUUUAAAGUAAUUACUACUAAUAAGAGGAAACUGGUGAUUCCAUUGUGAAGGCAUGGCCAUGUCGACAUGUCAUGGUCGAAUGUUGUUGGUUGCUGUUUGUAAGGUUUCUCUUCUGUCACAAUCCCUGCUUCUUUCUGCAAUAUAUUAUAUAUUCGAAGGAUGAA